AAAUUUGAUCUCAUAGAAGAACAUAUAAAGUUGUCGCUGAUCCUACGAUCAUAAUUUGUUAUUUCAUAGUGGCAUAGCUAGAUACAUGCACUGAAUAAAUAAUAGUGUCCGAAUCCUCUUGGGUAAAAUUCUACUUAUGUCUCUGCAAUGCCCUGCACAUGUUACGACUCUAUGCCAACAAUGUAAAGCAAACUUGCAGCAAUCAUAAUAAAAGGUAUCCGACUCUUCAAAGAAAUAUUUCGAAAACCAGUCCGCUUAAAACAAACAGACUGCAUCUAAAUCACGCUGUCACGAGUUUGAUCGUCUUCGGUGAAUAAAAACAGAUAGAAACUUGAUUACACAACUUCUGUGACUGUGGCGGGCUACAGACAAUCAAAUUAUGAAGAUGAUUCAUUUUCUGAUUGUGUAUUCGUACAGUCAUUUGGUGGGUGAGGUGAGGUCGAGUCUGAUUUACGAUCAUUGUAAUUUUUUUCCGUCAGGAAUUUUGGUGUUGGAUCUCAGUCAAGUCCAGAUAUGGUCCGAAUAACAUCUACAUAUAGACACGCAUGGGCUGUGCCAUCGCAAACACAGGGAGGAUACGUUUUAAACAACACUACAAUCAACAAGUCUACAACAUCGCUUUAAAGAAUGGAAUACCACAGGCUCAUGCCCUUAUGGGCUUAAAUAUGAAUACUUGUAUGAUAGCAUAGUUACGACUGCUUGCCCUCUCUAUCUUGCUAACAGAUACAUACACAAAGUAUUCCAUUCCCCGUUACUUCUUUGGUAUAGCCCUUCUAAACCAUCACAGCCCUCAUAGCAAGGGUGCUUGCCACAAGCCACGCUGGGGGCAUUGCCUUACAGUCCGCCACUGAAUAUGGAGAUGGCGAUUCGCCUAGCGACAAAACACUGUUGACAAAAAGCGAAGACUCGCGGAGUCAAGAGGGCGCAUGUGAUCUUCUGUUCUCACGUGUGCCUUGUCUGACAUCUCGUGACCAAACUUUUUCAUCAUCCCAACUGUCGUGUCACUAUGGCAGGCUUGUCUGCAUCUCUUCCCAACUGUUAGUCUGAUGUGUGAAACUGCUUUCUGAGUUUUCUCGCCAUUGCAAAGUAACAUAGCGAGCAACAAUGAACUGGAAAGCACUCCUAGGACUGGCUAUAAGCUACAUCGCUGUCUUACUGGUUGGAGCAGCGGUGUUCAAAGUGUUGGAGGAGGCCUUCAGCCCCCCUGUGAACGAGACAGCCACGCUACCAAAGAGAGCAGACCUGGAAGGAGUACUGCAGAACUUUAGCGACCAUCAAAACCUGAGCAUAUCUCUUCAGGAGUUACUUGGGCUGAUUGAUGCAGCGGAUGAAGUCAGAAGUGUGAAUGUCAAAUAUGCUGAGUCGGUGAACACAACAACAAAGUUCUACAUUGACUUUUUUGACUCCCUGUUCUUCUGUGGAACCAUCAUCACCACUAUAGGGUAUGGCCACAUCACACCAAAGACCGAUCCUGGAAAGCUUUUCUGCAUUGCCUAUGCCCUCAUCGGGAUUCCCAUCACGGUUUUCUUCUUGGCGGGGAUCGGCAUAAAGCUGGGAGACGCAAACCGUUGGGUCGAGAAGAAAGUCAAGACUGCUGUCAGCAAACUGGCGAGAAACCCCGGCGUCAUCCGUAUAGCCACUCUUCUCAUUACUCUAUUAAUAGGUUUCGGAACCUUCUUUUUUGUCCCUGCGUAUAUCUUUACCCUUGUAGAGAAGUGGAAUUAUCUGGAUGCGAUUUACUAUGUGUUUAUAACUCUAAGUACGAUAGGAUUCGGGGAUAUGGUAACCACUGUGAAUGAGCUAGAGGGAGUAGACGUAUUUUACGAUUACUUGUACAAGGUGGCUGUGAUUGUUUGGAUCAUGACCGGUCUGACUUUCUUGUCCAUGGUCAUCGAUCUUGUGCAAGAUGGACUCCAAACGGUCAAAGAGAAAAUGAAAGACGAACUUGACGCCGCCGUCAAUCUAGACAAGUUUCCUGGGCGCAACAUCUCGCUGAAGUCUUUGAAGAAAAAACGAGGCUCCAAAACCGAGAGUCCUGUUGAUUCUAACUCGGCAGUGAACUCUUUGGGAGAUGAUAACGAAGACGGAAUACCGUCUGAAGACAAUAGAGAAAAGGGAAUCAAAGAAACUAUUAUCUGAAUACAAUUUGCAGACUAUUUCAGGGCAUGGCUUCUUUGAGUUCUCAAGCCCAGUGACGUCAAAUCUGUUGACAAUCUUCUUGACCGAAAUUAAAUAUGUCUGAAGUAUGAAAGUCCUAUCAUAGCGCAGAAGGCCACUGUCAUAAAUUUGUAAUAGAAUUUCUUUACAAGGUCAAGGGGUUAUCAUUAUAAUACUAAAUCUCCGCUUCUUGGCAUAUGGCUGAUUAUUGACAUAAGGAUCUGGGUUUAGAUUUCGACAGACACAGGAAUUAUUUGAAGUAACCAUAAACAUGUCAUUUAGCAACCUUAAGAGGAUACUGUGCUUUGAAAUAAGAGUUUUUUUCAAGUUCACUUCCUCCUUUACUUUAAACUAGAGAGUAUGUUUACCAUUUUUCCAAUGAAUGAAUCCUAAAGUGUCACAAUAUUUACACAACAACCAAGUAAAACAAUGCCAUAUUCUGUGACCUUCUGAAACUCAUGUGUUGUAAUGCUUGUGAUUCUCAUA